UAACUCAAUUCGCGAUGAUCAAACAUCCGCCUACUAUUGGGUUCGUGGCCGGUAGAUCGUAUGCUAUCUCAUCUGGGCUUGAGUUAUGGGGCGGCUUUUGCGCAUUGCUGGAAACUCGUAUAGCAUACAAGGAAGACCGAGUUGUUGCUCUUUGCUUGCCGGCAGUAUUUGAACGUUCCCGCUGGUCGUCAUUAUGUCACCCAUGGGCUUUGACCUCACGAUCAAAUGAGUAUAUGACGACUUACGGAUCUGUUACUUGCAUAGUCAGCGUUCUGUCCAUUUCAUUGAGAACUGAACUAAGCUAUCAUCAGCUCAAACUGCGACAAUGCCUACCGUACCAGGAAUGCCAACGGGCCCGGAGGACCCUAGGCGCCCCGGCGAGAGUCCGCCUACAAUAUCCAUUGUCAUGUGUAUCAUCGUCUCCAUCCUCAUCUUAAUAGCCAUAUUCGUGACCAGACGAAGCUCUCACAGGACAGAGUCAGACGAAAACCCACACCGAAGACUGAAGAAAGGGUCCGGAGGCAUUGGGGUCAACGCUCUCCGCUCAUUGCCGCUCGUCAAGUACGACCCAGACUUGAUGGGCCAGGACUUUCACCAUGACGGGAGUACAAGCCCACGGGGACUGAAUCUGUUGCGCGGCAUGGACAUGGCAGUCGGCGAUUCUGGUGUGGGAGACAAACCAUCUCGAAAGGCAUGGCGCGCGUUCUACCCCCAGAUACGACACGCACUCUUGGGCAAACACAAGGGACAACAGCCUUGCACGGAAGACGCCGACAACAAUUCUUUGAUACAAACUUGUGCGAUCUGUACCGAUGACUUUGUCCGCGGCACGAACGUGAGGAGGCUUCCUUGCGGUCACUUCUUUCACCCACCCUGUAUCGAUCCAUGGCUUCUGAACUUUGGGGUGACAUGUCCCUUGUGUCGGGCAAAUCUCAGAACGUUAGCGAAUGCAAAUAACCAGAGCGAAGGCUGUGUAGCUGAACCACCACGAGCAAUGGUAGCAGGAGCCGGAUGGGUAUAGGAUUGGAAAGACUUACUGUACACCAGUUUCCCAUCUACACGCACCAUCUCAAGGCGGAUGAGUUUUCUUGCAAUCAUGAACUCAAUUUCU